UUAAAACUUAGUAUCAUAAGUUUGGCGACCAAAAAAUGUAGCCAGAGAUUGCAUUUUGCAGCUUGCAGCUUUUCUGCAGCUGGCAACGUCGAGCCUCCAAAACUACAUGAAACCUUGGAAGUUUUAUUAUUGCUGUGGAAAUUAAGUGAUGAAUAGCUGAAAUAGUCGUCUGAUUAAGUGGCCCAAAAAUAUAAUAGUGUAGAUAAAGCAUUAAUUCAAGUUAAAUCUUAACCUAUCAGACAUUUCAGCAAGAAAACUGGUAUUUAAAUGUCUUGCUAUACACCAUUCCACUGGAAAAUUUUAACAUUUCCUGAUAUAGUAUAAUGAAUAAAAUAGACUUUUUGCAAGAAUGCAAAAUAAUAAAACUUGCAAAUAAUGUUGUAUAUUUCAUUCAACAUGUCUAACUAUGAAUAGACAAACUCAUGAAUUAUGAUGUGCUACUAAAAAAAUUGUACUGCAUUUCAAACUAAGCAAUUUAAAACAGGUUAUUUUGUCCUAACAAGGACAAAUAUAAGACACAAGAGUAUUAAAGGCAUCAGCCAAGUUUUAGAUUUGGAGUACGGUAAUUUAUAAGCAGACAUGACUCGCCCUCGGGAUACUGACUGUGCAGUAAGUAUUCAGUCAGAUCAAAAUAAUGUUCAACCUACUGAUUUUGAAGGGUUUGAACAAAGUGUUGGUGAACAAGAAGCAGCACAUAAACAGAUCAGUGCAUAUCAAACCCUUACAUUGCAAUAUCUCAAGGAAAAGCUUACUUCUACUGUCCUCUCUUCAGAAGAGAAAAAACAAAUUCAGUGGAAGGUGAAACAAUAUUCAUGCAUGUUGAGAAAGCAAACCAAAAGGUUAUGCAUGUUAAAUACUACAUAUGAACUUUCCGAAAAAGAAAAUUUACAAAGGUGGGAGCUAAAUGAUUUCUCAGAUUCAUCAUCACACACAUUUGUAAAUGAUCAUAUUCAAUGGUUAAACAUGGCAUUGAAAACACUCAAUUAUUGUGGUUCUGGUGAUAGCAAGUUCAAACUUACAUCAUACUUUGUGUAUGGAAAUGUAGUACAAGCUGAGAUCUCAGUUAAUGCUAUUAUGUUUUUAAAAAAGAAUCUUAAUCACCAAUCUACAACAAGCUAUUUACAUCAGAAUUUACCAAGUAGCAUGAAGAAAACAGUUACUAAAGCUAUGCUGAAGAGAUUGAUGAUGUUGAGUCCUCUUUUCCACUUUGACGAGUCACGUGGAGUUUGGAAGCGGUUGUCAGGAUUGCAGCAGAAAAAUGAUUCAAAAGCAAUGCACAAUUAUAUUCAAUGGCUGGGAGUCCUGGACAUACGAAAGAUGUGGGCAUACAGAGGACUGCAGUUACAAAGCUCCGAAAUUCGAGCCCUUUGUGUUGAGAGUAUACUCCGCAACAACCCACAGAUGACUGUCAUUGAGAUAACAAGAUUGAUCUCUGAUUAUUUCUUUGUGCCAGAGUGCAAAGAAAUAAUGUCUCUAGUUCAUCAAGUGCUUCAGUCAUCAAAGAAAUUUCAUUGCUGUGAAGAUCAAGGUAUGGAAGAACCUUUAGAGAAAAAUUUUAUAAGGUGCAAGAAGACCUCAUUGAACAGUGCUGAAAAUGGUUCGGAAGUUUUAAAUGAAUUUAAAGAAAAUUACCAGUCAUUUUUAACUUGGACAUCAGAAGUUUUAAAUUUUACAGAAAAAUCAGAUGAUUCUGUAAUAUCUUCACCAUAUUCUUCAUUUUCCAAUUCUACAUGUAAUCUCAAUGUUAGAGAUGAAAAAGUUUCUAUCCAUCCUCAAGAGACUGUCUCACAAGAAAGCGUAAGAUAUGAUACACCACCAAUGGUACCAGUUUCAUGCACUUCAGGAGAUCAAAAAGGAAAAACGUCCUAUUGUAAUAUUAAAAAAAGCAUGACAAAUUGUAUUGAUAAAUCAGGAGCAUGGACAACACCCUCAUUGUAUUCUUCAGUUGCUAAUACUGGGAAUUAUCACAUUGAAAAAGAUAAAAACGAUUUGGACCUCUCCCAAGAGUCUGGAUUACAUGAAAACUCAAGAUGUAAUGGGCCAGUAAUGGCAUCAGUUGCCAGCACUUCAGGAGAAAACAAACACAAAAAAACAUCAAAUGUUGCUUAUGAACAAACAACACCAUGGAAAAUACUUGUCUCUACUAAGUCUCAGAAAAAGAUAAAUUUAAAUAAAUCAAACAGAAAUUUGGUUGAUAAUUCAAGUAUUAAAGAUAUAUCUCUCAAAAAUUUGGCUACUUUGUAUAUAUAUGCUGAAGAUACAUCCAGUGCAAGUGAUGAAAGAUCUAGGAAACACGUAACCUCUUUACAUAUUACUAGUAAGAAAAAGAACACUGACAUGAGAUUGAUGAAAAAUCAUUGUAAAAUUAUUGACAGCUUAGGACCACGGUCUAGUCUUCCUUCAUCCCAACUUAAGACUAAUAAUAAUAAUGUGGAAAAUUGUAAGGAAAAGGUAACAGAUGUUGCAACUUUACAAUACGAUAGUACUGCAACAGGUGUGGCAGCUGCACACAGCAAGAGUAUUGCAGCAGGUGUAACAAUGUCGCAAUGCAUGAGUAAUGAAGGGGUAGCAACUGCACACUACAUGAGUAAAUUAGCAGGUGUAGCAACUUCACACUACAAGAGUAAAGUAGCAGGUGUAGCAACUGCACACUACAAGAGUAAGGUAGCAGGUGCAGCAACUGCACACUACAAGAGUAAAUUAGCAGGUGUAGCAACUUCACACUACGAGAGUAAAGUAGCAGGUGUAGCAACUGCACAAUUUAAGAGUUUUACAAAUUCAGAAAAACAAGCACAUUUAAUGAAAUUUGAACAGCGUCAAUCACUGGAAAGUUUAAGAGAAGAGUAUAAAGACUUUUCUUCACAACCUAAAGUGAUGCCUCCAAAAAAUGCUAAUUACAUUCCUGAUUAUAACUUAUUUCCAUGUGAAUCAAAAGUUGGAUUAAUAACAAAUAAUAAUGGAAAAGUUCCUGUAUGUGGAAACUCUGAAAAUAUUAGAAACAAAUUAAGUGACAAAAUUUCUUCCUUACUAAUAAAUACUACAAAUGUCACAGUGACAAAGAAACAUACUGGCAUUUUAACACCAAUGAACACAGUGGAUUCCAAAAAUAUAAUGGUACAUAAUAGUACAAGGUUUUCCCCAACUGUCACAGAUUCAUCACAUAUGCACAGUCAUAGUGCCAGCACCAUGCAUGUCAGCAUGUCACACUCACCUUAUGUGCAGAAUAACAUGAGUUCACCUAAUGUGCAGAAUAACAUGAGUUCAUCUCUGCCUAUGAAAGUAGCAAAUUCAGAUGACAUACAUAAAAUUUCUGAAAUUUCCCCGACAUUUGCUGUAAGAUAUAGAAAAGACACUACUGCUGGCACUAAAUAUGUAAACAUAUCACACUCACCUAAUGAACAGGUGAACACAGCUCCAUCUAUGCCUACAAUGGCAGAAGAAUCAUUAAAUAUUCAUAGAAAUGCUGGAAUUACUCCAAAUGUAAUUUUUCCAGAUUCAGCAAACUCUGAAAAUAUUAGAAGCAAAUUAAAUGAUAACAUUUCUUCCUUACUAAUAAAUACUACAAAUGUCACAGUGACAAAGAAACAUACUGGCAUUUUAGUACCAAUAAACAGAGUGGAUUCCAAAAAUAAAACGGUUCAUAAUGGUACAAGGCUUUCCCCAACUGUCACAGAUUCAUCACCCAUGCACAGUCAUAGAGCCAGCACCAUGCAUGUCAGCAUGUCACACUCACCUUAUGUGCAGAAUAACAUGAGUUCACCUAAUGUGCAGAAUAACAUAAGUUCAUCUCUGCCUGUGAAAGUAGAGAACUCAGAUGACAUACAUAAAAUUUCUGAAACAUCCCAGACAUUUGCCAAAACAUAUAGAAGAGACAAUUUUGCCAGCACUAAAUAUGUAAACAUAUCACACUCACCUAAUGAACAGGUGAAUACAGUUUCAUCUAUGCCUGCAAUGGCAGAAGAAUCCUUAAAUAUUCAUAGAAAUACUGGAAUUACCCCAAAUGUAAUUUUUCCAGAUUCUGCAAACAGAAAAAAUGAUGCUUCCAGUUGUGUGUGUGUGAAAAUGUCACAUUCAGAUAAUGUGCAAAGUGCAGCUUCAUUUUUGCCAGUAAUGGCAACAGAUUCAGAAAAUAUACAUAAAUGUACGGAAAUUUCUUCAACUGACACUGUACCAGACUUAACAGACAAGCAAACCAAUAUUGCUGGCACUAUGCCUGUGACCAUGUCACACUUACCUAGUCAACAGAGAAAAGUUCCAGUACUUUUGCUUUUUCCUGUGAUGCCACCAGAAUCAAAAUAUACAGUUAAAAGUAAUGAAAUAUCCCCAUCUGUUAGUGUAUCAGUUUCAGCAGAUAGACAAAGUAAUACUGAAAGCUCUUCGUUUUUUAAUAUAUCACUCAUACCUAAUCUGCAGAAUGAUCUACCAAUACUUGUGUUUAAUCCUAUGAUGACAACAGAUCCAAAUUGUGUAAAUAUAAGUAAUGAAAUUUCUCCAGCUGUCAGUGUACCAGAUUCAACAGAUAGACAAAAUAGUAUUGCUGGCACUCUGUGUGAGAAUAUGUCACACAUACCAAAUAUUCAGAAAAACGUAGUUUCAUUUGACCCUGAGAUAACUGCAGAUUCACAAAAUAUACAUUCAAAUACUGAAAUAUUCCCAGCUGCCAGUGUACCAGAUUCAACAGAGAAGCAAAACAAUAUUACUGACAAUGUGUGUGUGAACAUGUCACACAUACCACAUGUGCAGAACAUUAUUUCUUCUUUGCCUAUAAUGGCAGAAGACUCAGAAUAUGUACAUAAAAGUACCGGAACUUCCCCAACUGUCACAGUACCAAAUUUAACAGAUACACAAGAAAAUAUUGGUGGUACUGUAUAUGUGAAUGUGGCACACUCACCUCAAAUGCAAAUGAAUUUAAUUUCAUCUCUACCUGUGAUGGCAGAAGAAUCAGUAAAUAUACAUAAAAGUGCUGGAAUUUCUCCAAAUGUCAUUAUUACAAAUUCAGCAGACAAGCAAAACAAUAUUACAAGCUCUAAGUGCAUGAAAGUGUCACAUUCAGGUAAUGUGCAGAGUAUAGUUUCAUCUCUACCUGUGAUGACAACAAAUUCAAAGAAUACAUAUGUAGUGCAUAAUAAUUUUCCAUCUUCAUGUGAUGUAAAGGAAAAUAUUUGCACUGCUGCAUCUGUAGGUGAGAAAGAUUCAACUGACACUCAGGAAAAUUCUUGUAGUGCCAUACUUGCAGAAGAGACCAGCAAAAAGAAGUCAUACUUGACAAAUAUAGAAGAUGCAGAAGACAUACUGAAGAAUCCAUGUAUAUUUCCUUGUGCAGCUGAAGGCCAUGAUUCUCAAAGAUAUGAAACAAAUUCAAUGAUUACUCCUAAAACAGUAUUAAAUUCAAGGAUCACAUAUGACAGUAUUGGUAUUAAUGUAAUUGAUUCAAGUAAUCUGGAUAAAAAUACAGGAUUUAUUUCAUAUGAAAGUCAAAUAGAAACAAUGAAUAAUGAGACAAGUGCUUGUUCAUUCACAUCAGAUUUUGAGGGAUUGAAUGGCAGUGAAUCUUCAUCAGUAAUUUUGGAAAUAACUGAAAAUUGCUUCAAAAAUAAGUCUAUACAUCAAGAUCAUACAUAUGCAAAAAAUAUAAAGGAAAAUACCAGUAUAUCUGCACAACCUGCAAGUCAUGUUUAUCCUAAUAGCAUACUGGGGAAUUAUCUUAUGAAUAAAGACCAUACUUAUGGGAAAAUAGAUGCAUAUGAAUUUUUACCCAUCAAUCCUACACCUACAUAUUCAGAGAGCAAUUCAAGGGAUUUCAGCUGCAAGAAACGAAAGAUAAGCAGCUCAUAUACUUGUAAACUGGACUGUUGUACGCAAAUAGAUUCGGACAAAGCAUCAAAGAAGAAGAAGAGAAGAAUGUACAAUGAAAAGAAUUACUUUGAAAAUUUUGAGAAGUUCAGAUUACCAAUGACACUGCGAUGGAUCCGAGAACUUGUAACACGCUCAACGACAUCCAAGGCUGAGUAUGAUGUUUACUAUCACCCUCCAGUGGGUAAAAAAUUACGGUCCUUAAAUGAAAUUCAAAGGUUCUUGGAAUCCAAUGAAGUGAAGGAUUUGUCUUUGGACAACUUCAGUUUCAGAAAAACCUUGUUUGGAUUUGGUGAGCCCUACGAAAUAUCUCGUUUUGCCAAGCACAAAUAUCCAACAGAUUUGACACCUUCUCAGCCAGUUGUGAAUAGAUAUAUAAGAAGAAGAAAAUAUAGAGGCAGGGCACCCAUUCCUAGUGAUGAAGUAAUGCCUGCAAGCAUGUUCCCAGAGGAUGGUUACUGGGUUACCUCGUUUUAUGACCUACAUAAUAAAAUGGGAACUGAUGAUGUGGAGAUUGUUAAUGAAGCUGGAGAGGUAACAGGUUAUGAAGAGUGGAUCAACAUUCAAUCACACAGCAAGAAAACUACAAAUAAAAUACAAAACAUUGUGGAUUGUGGCACCAGUAAAACAUUGACUUGUGUCCAGAAUGGUAAAGACUUAAUGGAUGUGAAUCCUAUGAUUAUAUCUAAUGCUGAAAGUGACGGGGAAAGUACUAUAUCAUUUAUGGAUUUUGAAGAUAUGAAUGUAGAUAUGGAAGUAAUUAAUAACAUCAGAGAAGGUACCAAAUUGCAGACAGAUAUAGUGUCUAAUGUGGCCUUUAAUGAAUUUGAAUCUAACCAAAGGAAAGCAACUGAGGAAAACCAAAGAAUAAAACAAAUGAACCAAGAGUCCUGUAGUGGAAAUAAUUCCCAGAUGGGCUUGACAUGUGAAGAUGGUGAAAUUAAACAUAAUAACACAAAUUUAAUUAAUUUGAAAGAUGCAACAAUACUAUCCAGAGAAAAAGAUUUAAUCUUAGAAUCUCCUAAUUAUUUGAGGAAUCAAUUAAGUAUCUCUUCGGUGGAAGAAUCUUGUGAGAGCCCAUAUGAAAGUAUACCUGUAACUGUAAACAUGACAGAAACUAUGACUAACAAGAAUGGUAAAAAAAGAACUUGCUCAAACCUCAAGCCACUUCAUAGGGUUUUUACAAGGCCAGUUAUUCAAUCAAUUGUUAAUAAAUCAUUUCCAGAAAAGAGACAUUUAACAUAUAAUAAGAUGUUAGAAUCCAGUUUAAAUGAAAGUGAUGACACAAGUAUAAAAUCAAAUCCCAUUAAUAAUUCUGUAGAUAUUCUUAAUUCAUCAAACAAAGAAAUACACAAUAAAAUGAAUAAUAUAAGUAGUAUAACAAGGCAUUCUGAUAAUUAUAUGACAUUACCUCAGCAAGAACAUUCAGUAGAUUUGAAUGAUAUAAAUCAGUCUCGUGAUACUUCAGCACGAGUGUUUGAUACACCAACAGGAUAUGAUAAACUACCAAGGACAACUUGUGCUGUAAUGAAUUCAGUGAACAAAGAAUAUGAAGAUGAUGAUAAAAAAAAUAAAGUAGCAGUUCCUAUUUUACAAGGAGACCUUCAAAAUACAACCAUUUGCAGUAAAUAUAAUAUGGAUGAAACAUACAGUACAACUCAUAACAAAAUUUCUGUUAAUAAUCCAGGAAAAAUAAAUAUAGUAAAAACUGUGACAUUCCGAGUGCGGCCAGAUCUUCAGAGCAAUUUUCCAAAGAAUAAAAUGGGCAAAAAUAUUCUUCAGAAUUGCAGUAAUAGCGAAAAACAUAAUGUUUCUGAAACUGAAGAUGGGUUAAUUUCAAAUCAAGAAUUGGAGUCUAAUUUAGUUGUACCUAAUAAUUUAGAUAGCCAGCACAUUGUAAGUGCAAACUGUUGUUUACCAGUUUGUAAACAUAUUUCUCUUGAUAAGCAUGAUCUUUGCUCACUUGAGAGUGAAGAUUAUAUUCCACCUAUAUACUUCAAAGCCGUGAAAGCUGAUCCACUUGUUGAACCUGUUAAAAGUUGCUAUAAAUCAAGUGCAGAAAAUCAGCUAAAAUAUUUGAACUUUGUGACUUCUCAAAAAGACGUUUUAGCACAAGAAAAAUGUAUAGCAGCUUCCUUGUCACAAUAUGGUAUUUCAGAAAACUCUCGGCAUUUGCCCGUGAAAAUUGUAUCUCGGCAGCAAGAAACAGAGAACGAGAAACAAAGUAUUACACUUUAUUAUGAUACCACUUCUGUCAUACCUGUGGAUGAAAGGCCUCUCUCUUAUAGCAAUAUAAAUACCAUACCUCUGCAUUAUGAACCUCCUCCUAAUGGGAACUUUGAGACAUUAAUUAUGCAAAACACAAUAUCAUCAAAAGAGCACAUUGACACCAUAUCUUUACACAAUAAGAGCAUUACCAGUGACAGCAGAGAUGUCUCAUGCCAAACAACACAAUAAUACAAAUAUCACAAAACACACAUAUUUAAAUAGUUGAAAAUCUGUUUUCAACAAACCGAGGCAUUUUCAAGUGUUUGUAUAGAUACUAAACACAAUAACCAUAUGAAUUUUGACUUGUAACAGUUUCUCAAAGCACGGUUGUUUUUAAUGGGUUCGUGGAUACCAUAACCUUGAAGACUAUUGCAACUUUCAUGGGUUUUGUGAACACUACAUUCUAGAUUGUGGUAGUGUACACUGAAAGUGUAACUAUACCUUCUCAGAAAACCAUAGUGUCAACCAAUAAUUAUUUGAAUACUAUUCCUCAGAGUGAUAGCUGUUUCUGACAAUAUUGUAAAUUUAGUAACUCUUAUUAGCUCUAUAGAAAAACACCAAUAGAAUAUCUUGGCAAAGAUGUACUAUCAACUUUAAAAUUCAGUAUCAAAUGGAGAAAAGUACUCAGCUUUUGAAACCACACAUUACAGUAUCUAGUUAAUGUUAUCAUAUAUUCUGGUCUGGAGUAUGUAACAAUGAUGUAUCUCUAUUUAAAUUUUGAGGGAAAUAGCAUCAGGUCAUAUCUAGACUAAUCAGACAUCUAAAAUAUAGUAAUUUGUCAAAAGUUGUGGAUUCAAGAGGAUAGAUGAACUAAUGUACAAAAUAUUAUAUAAAGAAAAACUAAACUUGAAGACUCACUUGGGUGGAUGUGAUUUAUAUUCUGAACUUGCCACUAAGGCUUAAUUGCCAGUAUUGGUUUUACCAAAUAAGCGGAGCAUGUACAAUGUUUUUAUUUCCUCAAACUAAAAAAAAUUGUAAAUCCCUUGUGAAAUUACCCUAUAUAAUUGUGAUAUUAAAUAUUACAAUAUUACUUUACAAUAGUAUUUGUAAUAUUACAAAUAUUACACUGUAAAUAAAUGAUAUUAAAUAUUACUAACUCAAAUUAAGCAAACCUUAACUCCUUUGUUAAGUUAAGCUUUAAUAGAUUGUACAAAUUUUGGUAAGGUAGAAAAAUUAUAAUUAGUGCAAUAUUCUUCAAAGACUUUGUAUAUAAUGUAUUCUGUACUUAUGCUGUAUAUAUAUUAUAUUAAAUUGUAUAUGUGAU